AUGCGCAAAGCGGGGACAAACGACGUGACUCUUCCUAGUACGGUGACCCCCCAAGGAAACGAACAGGCCAGCUUUAUGCAGUAUGUUUUUAAGUGGGGAAUAGGCAACAGGUUUCGCUCGGAUCCAGAGAACAGGUUCCACCCGGUGCACCUUAUUCGCGCCAAAGAAGUUACCAUCAGGAAAGACUACUUCGAUUCAAUCAAUGAAAAUAUAAAGUACGAACAACUCAAUGAGCAGUGGGAAGUGUUUUGGUUUGAAAAUAAGAAGCAGAAUGCGAAGCCCUUCCCCAUUAAGAAGUAUGGAAUAGAAUCAGCCAAGAGGGAGGCCAUCAAAUUUUUCGAAUCGUUAAAGCAAAACAACCGCACUAAUGAGAGACCUCAUUACGAGUCCGGCGUCGAAGGGGUCCACUACGAUGUCGUAACCAAUUGCUGGGUGGCAUUCUACCGGCAGAGGAACUUCCCCGUGUGCAGGUCCUUUUCAGCCGAGUAUCACGGGUUCGAAACGGCGAAGAAGUUGGCCAUAGAGAGGGUUAAGAAGUGUAAGGAGUGA